AUGCCCGCAAAGUCGCGAUUUACGAGGUUAGACGCCUUCGCCAAGACCGUCGAAGAUGCUCGCAUUCGAACCACCUCGGGAGGUGUCAUCACGAUCGCCUCGCUGCUGAUUGUCCUGUGGCUUGUAUGGGGAGAAUGGGCUGACUAUCGGCGGGUGGUGGUAAUGCCGGAGCUUAUUGUGGACAAGUCGCGAGGCGAGAGGAUGGAGAUCCACAUGAACAUGACGUUCCCACGACUGCCCUGCGAACUGACGACCUUGGAUGUUAUGGAUGUUUCUGGAGAACAGCAGGUGGGCGUUGCGCAUGGCGUGAGUAAGAUCCGCUUGGCGCCCGUGAACGAGGGAAGUGGUGUUCUCGAAGUUCAGUCGUUGGAUCUGCACUCUCCCUCCGAAGCGGCCAAACACCUGGACCCGAACUACUGCGGCGAGUGCGGUGGAGCUCCGGCACCGCCGGACGUGAUCAAGCCUGGCUGCUGCAGCACCUGUGAGGAGGUGCGCGAGGCCUAUGGACAGCAGCAAUGGGCAUUUGGCAUGGGUGAGAACAUCGAGCAGUGCCAGCGUGAAGGGUACGCAGAGAAGCUCCGGGCCCAGCGCCGCGAGGGAUGCCGCAUUGAAGGUGUGCUGCGAGUCAACAAGGUGGUGGGCAACUUCCACGUCGCGCCGGGCCGCAGCUUCAGCAGCGGGAACAUGCACGCGCACGACAUGGAGAACUACCUCCAGCCCGAUGCGCCGGUCGCCGAACAACACACCAUGACCCAUGAGAUCCAUGAGCUCCGAUUCGGACCCCAGCUCCCGGUCGAGCUCGCAGACCGCUGGCAAUGGACGGAUCACCACCAUACCAACCCGCUCGACGACACCAAGCAGGCGACCGAUGAACCCCUCUACAACUACAUGUACUUUGUCAAGGUCGUCUCGACCUCCUACCUGCCCCUGGGCUGGGAUCCGCUUUUCUCUUCGUCUAUCCACAGUGCCUACGACAAGGCGCCCCUUGGUACCCACGGCUUCGGCUAUGGUUCCCAGGGGAGCAUUGAGGCCCAUCAGUACUCUGCGACCUCGCACAAGCGGCCCCUGCUGGGUGGUUCCGACGCCGCCGAGGGCCACAAGGAGCGCACACACGCCGCCGGUGGUAUCCCCGGUGUCUUUUUCAACUACGACAUCUCUCCCAUGAAGGUGAUCAACCGCGAGGCCCGUCCCAAGACCUUCACUGGCUUCCUCACUGGGGUUUGUGCCAUUAUCGGUGGUACUCUGACGGUUGCGGCUGCUUUGGACCGGGGGCUGUACGAGGGCGUGAUGCGGGUCAAGAAGCUGCACUCCAACUAA